AGUUUGAUAUGUAUUGUAAGUUUUAGUGAACAUAUGGUUCAUAAUAAUGGAUAUAUUGGACAACGAUAUAGAAGUGGACAAUAAUAACGAAGCGAUGGAAGCAAUAAAUGGUGAUAAAAGACACCGAAGAAGUAAGAGAUCCGCUGAAUACAGGUCUUGGGAUCUAUACGUCUACACCAUUGCUAUGUUUGUCAAUCACUUCGCUUAUGGUGUCAACUAUGGCAUCAGUGGCCCAACGCUCGUGGACUUAAGAUAUAUGUUAAACACGACAAUGAAUUUGAUAUCAAUUAGUCUUGUCAUCAAUAAUAUUGGAUAUCUAUCCGGCGCUCUGUUCGGACUUCUAUACAAAUACAUUAAUAGACAGUUAACUGUAGUCGUAAUAAUGGCAGCCAUGGCCGCGUCGGUGGCGCUGAUACCGUACUGUCCCAACCUAUGGAUUCUGUAUUUAUUUCAAUACGCAAACGGUUUGGGCGCCGGUAUUUGGGAUACUGCUAACAAUGUGUGGCUGAUCGAGAUGUGGCCCCAGAAUAGCUCACCGGUGCUCCAGUUCUCGCAGUUCAUGUACGGCUUGGGCUCUGUAUUUGGUCCCAUAAUCGUGAAGCCAUACCUCACCGGUGAGACCAAUCACACGCUGGCCAUCGAAUUGAGUGAUUUCGGUGAUAUGACAAGCACUCCAUCAGCACCGGUAGAUAGACGCGCGCUCCUGAGGACUCCGUACCUCAUCAGUGGAAUCCUUCAAGGAUUUAUACCGAUUGUGUUUCUAAUCAUGUAUUUCGUGAAGCAAUACAAAAGUCCCGAUCAAAGACUGAAACGCAAGGACUCGUCUGAAAGUCUGUUAAGCGAUGAUUUGGACGAUAGAGACGACGGUGCCGUCCGUUCUUCACAAAUAGAGGACAACUGCUUGGAGAGCACAUACAGCCCGCGAAAGCGAUUAGCACUCAUAGCUCUGUUCUCACUGUUUAUAGCGAUUUAUGCAUCGCUAGAAAUCGCACACUUUAGCUACAGUUCCACUUAUUACCAGUACAUGGAGUUAAAGAUAUCGGCAAAAACCGCCGCUGAGAUACUGUCUGUGAUGAGUACCAGCUAUACAGUGGGCCGAUGUCUCAGUGCGUUCAUUGCCAUCAAAGUUGGUCCGCAAGUGAUGAUUAUCUAUCACUUACUGAUUAUAAUCGCCGGAAUGGCUGUUCUCUACUACGGCUCACACAUACUGGCGCUCAUAUGGAUUGGAAAUAUUAUUUUAGGUAUACUUUCGCUAAAAAUAAUAUUUUAA